AUGAAGGAGUUUGAGUCCUGGAAGGAAGCGGAAGAGACAGCAACUUUCACCUACUUUAGAACUGAGAGAGGAGCAACAGCUCGUAAGACCCAGAAGGACAACACUGGGUCUGACAGCAGUGUGUGUGCAGCCGAAAACCCAGCUGAGAAGCAGUUUGUCUACUAUGUCUGCUGCCGAAGCUACAAACCGACUGUGAGGGACAGUACAACAUCAGAACAAAGAAGAGAUACAAAAAGCAAGCGAAUGGAACGUCCCUGUCUUGCAAGGAUGAAUGUAAGCAUUGAAACUGAAGGGACUGUGAAGGUGUGGUACGUUAGUGGCCAUACUGGUCACAAUCCAAGUCUAAAAGAGAACCAUUUUCUCCCUCUCCCGGCCUCGUGUAAGGACAAAAUGAUUCAGAAAUUGACAAUGGGAGUGACAAUUGAGCGAGUUCUUGAAGGUAAGACAAACAAUGUGUUUGUUGCUCUCUUUGAUGCAUCCUUGAAAUGA